GCCAUAAAAGCCAUAAAAGGCUUAAGUAUGGACUGGUGAUGCUGGGAGCCCGCACGCACACGCGGCCGCUGCUCCGGGGAGGAGAGCAGAUGGGGAAACACCCUCCUCCGUCACCGUCCUACAUCUUCCAGAGGGGGAAGAUCAGCGCCGCUGGAUUUAUGGUGAUUUUCCCUUUUUCCCCCUCCCACGCAGCGUUCCCAGCCCCGGCUGCUCCCGGCGCCGCUCGCGUCCCUGGAGGCGACUGGAAAGGGAUGCUCGGAGGGCACCGGGGCUUUUUGGGGUGAAGUUGCGGCGGGUUCCUGGCCAUGCUCCGCCUGGACUCGGUUUCCCCGGAGCUGUGAGUACAUCUGCUCUUCUCCAGCGACCCCGGCAGGAGGGAGGGAGGGAGGAUCGGGCUCUGCCUGAGCUUCUGAGGCAGGUCUGGAUCUGCAGGGUUAGUGGAGAUGGAAUGAAAGCAUAACCACCCCCCUCACCAUGGAGCUGGCCAGCACCAAGGACUUCCAGUGGAAAUCCCUGGCCCCGCUCCCGAGCCGCAGGGUGUACUCCACGCUGCUGGAGGCCGGGGGCCAGGUCUUCGCCAUCGGGGGCUGCGACGACAACGGUGUCCCCGUGGACUCCUUCGAGGUCUAUUCCCCCGAGGCCGACCAGUGGACGUCCCUGCCCCCCAUGCCCACGGCCCGAGCAGGGGUGGCCGUGGCCACCCUGGGCAAGAGGAUCAUGGUGGUGGGAGGGGUGGGGGCCAACCAGCUGCCCCUGAAGGUGGUGGAGAUGUACAACAUCGACGAGGGCAGGUGGAAGAAGAGGAGCUCGCUGAGGGAGGCGGCCAUGGGCAUCUCGGUGACGGCCAAAGACUACAGGGUGUAUGCAGCUGGUGGGAUGGGAGCUGACCUGCGGCCACACAACUUCCUGCAGCACUAUGACAUGCUCAAGGACAUCUGGGUGUCCCUGGCAGCCAUGCCCACGCCCCGCUACGCUGCCACCUCCUUCCUCAGGGGCACCAAGAUCUACGUGCUGGGUGGAAGGCAGUCCAAGUACGCCGUCAACGCCUUCGAGGUCUUCGACACAGACACCAGGUCGUGGACCAAGUUCCCCAACAUCCCCAACAAAAGGGCCUUCUCCAGCUUCGUGCCCACGGAGGACAAGCUGUUCAGCCUCGGGGGGCUGCGGCAGGGACGGCUCUACAGGCAGCCCAAAUUCAUGAGGACCGUGGACGUGUUUGACGUGGAGCAAGGUGGCUGGAUGAAGAUGGAGCGCUCCUGCUACCUGAAGAAGAGGCGAGCAGACUUCGUGGCUGGGUACCUGAAAGGCAGAGUUGUCGUGGCUGGGGGACUGGGAAACCAGCCAACUGUUCUGGAGUCUGCAGAGGCUUUCCACCCCGAGAAGAACAAGUGGGAGAGCCUCCCCCCCAUGCCCACCCCGCGCUGUGCCUGCUCCAGCAUCGUGGUGCGGGACUGCCUGCUGGCCGUGGGGGGGGUGAGCCAGGGCCUGAGCACGGCCGUGGAGGCCCUGUGCCUCUCGGAUUCCUAG